AGCCAGGCUUUUAUUUUGUAGGCGCGUACCGGGUGUUUGCAGGAGUUAAUCCGUGUAACUCGACGGUGAUUGGUUAGAGUAACGGGUGCAGGUCUGAUUGGUAGCCCGCCACCAGGCGACGCGAGUUUGCGGAGUUGAGGAUUUGUGUCUGGCGCUUCUACCCUCCGCUGUUCCCGGUGCGUCUGUUCGGUACCGGGGGGACGGGUCCCGUUAGACUAAACCAGUGGAAGAACUGUUCGGAGGAUUUAGUCUUUUCUCUGGAGUUGAUCGUUUUUGUCCUUCUGUGGAAUUUGUCUUCAUCUUGAUCCGGAGCGGCUGGUUAACCUGAUGUGCGUCUGCUGCGGAGGACACCUGGACAAAGGUGUGCAGCUGGACCCGUUCUGAGGGAAUAGGACUUCAGCGUGAGAUCAGUGCGUGAUGUGCGUGUGAGGAUGGAUGGAUUCUGGGAGAUUCUCAUCCUCCUCCACGCCAACUUGAUCGUCUGUAUAUCAGCUCAGCCACAUUUACCCAAAAUCCACGAAGGAUGGUGGGCGUACAAGGAGGUGGUGCAGGGCAGCUUUGUUCCAGUGCCAUCAUUCUGGGGUCUGGUGAACUCGGCCUGGAACCUGUGCUCGGUUGGGAAGAGGCAGUCUCCUGUAAACAUCAAGACCAGUCACAUGAUAUUUGACCCCUUCCUGACGCCCAUCAAGCUGAACACAGGUGGACACGAGGUGGGAGGGACUAUGUACAACACUGGCAGACACGUUUCCCUACGAUUGGAUAAAGAACAUUUGGUAAACAUCUCUGGAGGCCCGAUGACAUACAGCCACCGUCUGGAGGAGAUCCGGCUCCACUUUGGCAGCGAGGAUGGUCAGGGCUCAGAACACUUGCUGAAUGGACAAUCCUUCUCUGGAGAGGUCCAGCUGAUCCACUACAAUCAUGAGCUGUACACAAACUACACAGAAGCUGCUAGAAGUCCCAAUGGAAUCGUCAUUAUAUCCAUAUUCAUGAAGGUUGCUGAGACAUCAAACUCCUUCCUGAGUCGCAUGCUGAACAGAGACACCAUCACAAGAAUAACAUAUAAGAAUGAUGCAUAUCUUCUGACUGGCCUGAACAUUGAGGAGAUCUACCCAGAAACACAAAGUUUUAUCACAUAUGAAGGAUCGAUGACCAUCCCUCCAUGCUUUGAGGCAGCCACAUGGAUCCUGAUGAAUAAGCCAGUGUACCUGACACGUAUGCAGAUGCACUCCUUGCGGCUGCUGAGCCAGAACCAGCCAUCACAAAUCUUCAUGAGCAUGAGCGACAAUGUCAGGCCAGUCCAGCCUCUGAACAAUCGCUGCAUUCGUACCAACAUCAACUUCAACUUGCAGGGCAAAGACUGCCCUAACAACAGGGCUCAGAAACUUCAGUACCGAGUGAACGAGUGGUUGCUAAAAUAGGAUCCUCAGAUGAAAGAGGAGAGGAGCUGGAUGUCAGCGAUCAAGACUUGGGUUAAGAGGAGAGAAAACAAGGACCGUAUCUCAUCCAAGGUUCUUUCAUGGCAUUGUACAGAGAGACGAUGCAGAUCAUUUUCUGAUCAGUGGAACUUUUAAGUGAACAGAUGCUUUUUCACACUCUGAGAAAGGUUUGAGCCCUAAUCAGACACAUGCUAACAAACCCUUCAGUACUGUAUGAUUACGUCUAUACAGGCAUUUUGAUACCAAUCCUUUUUUUGGAGAGGAAAUAAAGAAAAAAAAGACUUGAAAAGAAGCCAAACAAGAAUGUCCUGACUCUCCUUCCAGCAGAAGACCCUGGGACCGGAACACUCCUGUAAAUAAAAACAUGCUGUCAACACCAACGGGACAAUCCAAGAGCCAGGGCACUGCUCACUCACCUCCAGAAGAACCGGAGCGAGACUCAUGAAUGUUUCUUGUUACCAACAGGGCAUGUCAUCAGCAUAAUGAUAGACCAUAGCCUUACUCUGUCCCCUUCCUAAAUCCAGUCAAAUCACAGGAAACAUGCUAACCUGCAGGCUUUGCCUAAGAGUCUCAGAGCAACCAAUGCAUCUGCCUCAUUUGUACAUAUUAUUAUUGGUAUUUCUAUUAUCAGUACUGGAAAACAUGACAGGGUGAAGAAAAAUCUUGAAAUCAACAUUAAAAUGACAGCGUUUGAAACUGUUUGAUGCACUUUGAACCUAGUUCUUAGUGAGACCCAAUGCCUUUCUUCUGUUCUCUUGUUUACAACGGUCAUACACUGUGUUUGAGUAAUGUUACCAGCCCAAUAAAUGUGUCUGGAAAGUU